CGCACCUUUAAGCUUAACCUGAUAGUUGAGAAGCUGUAACGUAACAGCUCGGACAUCUCGGAUUACAGUUCUCUGAAAAUGUCGACAGCAGCCGUCUUUGGCUCCACUGGAGCAGUGGGCUCGCAGAUCCUCGCAACACUUCUCGCCUCGGACACGUUCUCCUUCGUCAAGACGGUGUCAAGAAGAAUUCCAAGCACCCAGUCUGCAAAGCUCGAAGCUUUGCAAGAAAGCGACACCUCGAAAUGGGCUGAAAAGCUCGAUUCUUUGAAUCCUAAGCCAUCUGUCGUCUUCAAUGCUGUUGGUACCACUCGGGCUGCAGCUGGUGGCAUUCAGAAUCAGUGGAAAAUCGACCAUGAUUUAUGUAUCGAGAAUGCCCGGGCCGCCAAGGCCGCGGGGGUGAGGACCUACGUCUUCAUUUCUAGUGCAGGGACUCGAGGCUUCCUCUCUAAUCAUGUCCCUUAUUCGAAAAUGAAGGUCGGCGUGGAAGAUGCCAUCAAGGAACUAGGUUUUGAGCACGCGAUUAUCCUGAGACCGGGCAUGAUUCUUGGGAGAGAAACUCCCAAAGCGGCAUUCUUCGAAAGUAUCGUAGGAAACCUUAACAAAUUGGGACAGGGUAUCCAGGACCGAAUCGGCCAAGACCAGACUAUCAUUGGGAGAGCUGCUGUGGCCGCCGCCCGAAUCGCCGAAGAAGGAAAAGCGCCCUCAAAAUUUUGGGCUUUAGAGCAAGCUGAUAUUGUCAGACUUGGCAGAGAGGAGUGGAGGGAGUGAAGUCGGGUUGUUCUCUGCUACUGAUAUUUAAUCUUUGACUUGUGCUUUGUCCGCUAAUUUUGUCUUCCUGGAAUGAAGAAAGUGGAUUACUAUGGAUGAAGUGAUGGACCAGUGUUAAACCCGCACUUGGAGACCAUGAUUUUAUAGAAACCAUAGCAAUAAGCGGUACUCUGAGAGGUGUUCGGUUAAGACACAGGAUAAUUUCAGGGCCCAGGAUGCGCUGUUAUAGGAGGUAGUAGGCUUUACC